AUGACACCGAAACGCGCCACGCGCAAGGCUGAUGGGGCCCCUCAGCGGCGCGUCCCCGAGUUUCCAGAGGCAUACCUCGAUACAGCACCUGAGCAAUACCUACCUAGUAUUCCAGUCGGACAAUCAUGGAAUUAUGGCGCUCCUACUACAACAAGCAUGCCUCGGCAUAACGUGGUGCAAGCCAAUAUAGGCAUCAAGGAUCUGGCCGCAGCAGUUGAUGCCAAUGUUGAGAAGGCCCAGGUGCGCGCCAAAAAGGCCGCUGCAAAGACCACAAAAGCUGCUCCGAAACCAAAGGAGACACCAAAACCGAAGGCGACUCCGCGCCCGAAGGCUGCCCCAAAGCGUGCGCCAACACCCGAUCAAACACAGCUUCAGGACGCCCUCCAGCAUGCCACAAUGUCACCUACAGGCUCGGACAAGACCCCCACACCUCCAGUUAAACGUGCCGUCUCUUCAGAGCCCAGUCCCGAUGUUGAACCUCCAACACAGCGCCGUCUAUCUCAGCUAUCAAACCCGAAUUCUCCGCUCUAUCCAUCACCGAUGCACCGGGCUGGGUCUCCUAAUCGUGAUAAUGUGACGCGUAGCUCGCUUGACCGUCACAGCUCAGUUGACAAUGCUUCUGAGCGGUCUUGGAAUCUGGAACGUGAUAUCAAUGAGGAUGAACUUCAAAGGACGAGACCAGGACACCGUGGAAAUAAUAUUACAGCUCCGCCUCGACGCCCCUCUGGUCUGUAUAUUGUUCCGGAGGAAGACGAGGAUCCAUCGGAGCGUGCGUCUGUGGCCGCGUCGUUUAAUUCUGGCGCUGAUGGCUUCACUGCUCCCGCGCGAACAGUAAUUCCUGGAUAUAUUCGCUCAGUGUCUGUUGCGAGUACUCAAUCCUUUGUUGAACUUAGGGAAGGUUUGCUACGUCGAUGGCGAAGUUACUUUGAGAGCCUUGCGGGAUACCGAAUCAAUUGGAACCGAGCAAUGUCUAUUUUGCUUUUUGCCGUGGGCCUUGUGCUUGCUUUCUCCAGCGGUCUCCCAGGCAAGCUUCAAUCACGCUUGUUUCCAGCGGACGACCUCCUGGACUACUCUGGCAAUAUGUCGGACCCUACACUCCUUAAUGGCCUUCGCCACCAGAUCUCCAGGAUGAAUUCUGAUAUGUCCUCGUUAUCAAGUGAGAUGAGCUCUGUCAAGUCAGAGAAUUCUAAAUAUCGCAACGCCGCUCCUACAUACAUCACGGACUCUGGCCCGCAUCGAAACCCCGUUCACCAAGUGAACUUUUUGGCACUAUCAACUGGAACCCUCAUCGACCCGUUCAAUACUUCCCCAACCUUUGGUAAUAGGGCGCACUGGGCUAUGCGGUCAUGGAACUGGGUCAAGUCAUUCACUCCAGUCCAUGCAGAACUCCGAACACCACAACCACCAAGAGCUGCCCUCUCAGCGUGGGAAGACGCGGGUGACUGCUGGUGCAGUCCCAUUCAGAAUGGAACCCAAUUGUCUGUUUUACUUGGUCACAAAAUCGUUCCAGAGUCACUUGUCGUUGAACACAUACCCGCGGGCGCUUCUCUCGACAUCAAGGCUGCACCCCGGGAGAUAGAGGUAUGGGCUCGAUAUGAAGUAAGCCCUGCCAGGCCUCCAAUUAUGGAACCAAUGCCUCAAGCUACCGGGAUGCUUCCUCGUUUUUGGGCUAUGGCCCCUUCGAAUGGACCAUUGCCACCGAUUCCGACCGAGCCUCCAAACUCCCGGGAUCAAAGCGUAGGAAGCUUGGGUCUUUCAGGACUCGGCUCACUCCACGAAUUGCUGAUGGAAUCUAUUGGCCGGGGCGAUCCCAAAGAACACCCCAGCGCUUACUCCGAUGACUCUGUGCUUGGACCAAAUUUCUAUCGCAUUGGCAAAAUGAAAUACGACAUACACAAUGACGCAUAUACCCAGGCAUUCCCCAUCCAGACAGUCAUCGACAUUCAAGGCAUCCGCGUGGACAAGAUUGUGUUUCGUAUAGCUUCCAAUUGGGGGGCAGACCAUACCUGCCUCUACCGAUUCAAGUUACACGGCCACCAAUAA